AUGACCGAGCGGCAAGUGGCAGCCGAGGCCUGGAUUGCAGCCAGCCAGGUACUGAACCCAGUGGAGGAUGCGCUCAAUGCUGCAUGUAAGGAGGAGCCGGAAGAUGUGAUUGGCUUUUUGGCGGAAUAUUUUCGCACCCGCGGCCACGGAGCUACCAUCGAUCAUGUUGAAGCCGUGUCCACGAUUGGCAACAAUGGCAUGCCGCAGCUGGGCUGCCGUCUUUUUGCGCGUGUCAACAACGUUCGUUUACGACACGGAAGAUCAGGCAAGGCCCACACUCUGCUGAAGCAAAUGUACCCUUGCAUUUGUCACCUGCUGGCCGCCGCUCACUUUGCUGACUCGCCUUACUCUCCCAAGCAGACCACCGAGGACAAUGAGACGCGUCGCAUAACUGUACCGGUGGCCCCAGCGACCCCGGUCGAGCGCCUCGACCUGACAGAGGACGCCAACGUUCUAGGGCCUGUCUGCACAACUCUGAACGAGGCCAUCAGCCCGGCGGUGUACGGCUUGCAGCUCGAGAACAUUGAGGGCAUCGACGAUGCCAUGCUAGCUCUCGAUGCUGACCCCUUGGCCCUGCCGUCGUUGGGUGUUCAACCCGUGCUAGCCACCUCACUGGCGACCGUUCAAGCAUUGGCCGAAGUGAAGCGUGAACCCGUUCACCGCGUCCUGAGCCAAAUCUUUGACCGCCCGGAGGAUGGAACGCACCGCGGCGUGCCUAUUCCAUUGAUCGAGCUAUUUCAGUGCACAGGUGGCAAAGCUCGACUACGCAGUGUCUAUGUGCGAAUGGCACGACAACUGCCCAUGAAGAACAUGGUGCCAAUGCUACUCCAGCUCACCAAAGCCGUUCAGGCCAAGGCGGGCACAAAACAACCCUUGCUGCCAAACGACAAUGGCAUUUUUUCCAUGAACUUUGAUUCGCUCGACAAGGUCGUCGACCUUUUGCGCGAUGCCGGUAACACGGUCAACAUGCAGCUUGGCCGCGACUUCUAUUUUGGCUUGUCUUUCGCUGUAAAUCAAAGCUAUGAUUCGAAGAAGGAUCGCUAUGACAUCGGCACCUCCAAAACGGGCCGCGAGCUGGCCGACGAAUUGGCCCGGCUAACACACAGCCACGGCCUUGUGUUUAUUGUGGACCCCUUGCGUGCCGUUCCCGAAGAGAGGGAAAACUGGCAACACCUGUGCACGACCGCGCAUGGGCGCUGUCACAUUGUAUGCCACCAAGCUCUCGAAUCACGGCCAAGCCGCAUCCCAAGUUUAUUUGGCAUUGACGAUAGCGAAGCAGAUGAGCCUGCAUCAAGUGAAGCGGGCACGCCCGAACCAGCUCCAGAGGUCACCGUGGCUGAGGAAGAUGCCUCUGUUGAGGCCAGCGAAGAGCAGGAGGCUACGGAUGACGCUGUUUUGUCCGCUGAUGCUGCGGCCAUCUUGGCUGGCCAGGACUCAAGCACCCACGCUCAGCAAAAUACCUGCGUUACGGGCGUCUUGCUCAACUUGGUGCAGUGUGCUGUGAUAUCCAAUUUUUGCCGCCAAGCCCGCGAGGCGCAAAAAGCCCGGUGCGACGUUGUGGUGGAUGUAGCCCUGGGAGGCCCCAACGACGAGCCGCUUUCGGCCGACCUGGCAACGGCAAUCAUGGCCAAGCAACUGAUCUGCCCUCUACCAUUGGGUGCAGGCGCCCAGGUUUUUCGACGUUUGCAGGAGAUUGAGUUUGAGCUCGAGAGCCAGGGCUUGCUCUUGAACCAAGGCACCGUGGCCACCGGCAUGGUCCAACCGGCGUUCAAGGCCAAGGCCCCGCGCAGCGCCGCACGGUCACCACGCGUAACAUCCGCGGCAUCAUGA